UUGAAAACAGUUGUAAUAAAUUUUGAACCAUUCAAAAAACCGUUUCAGUAGUUUUGAAAUUUUUGAAUCGGUUUUGUUUACAUUUUUCACGCUGAAAUUGUCAGAAAUUCUGUAAAAUAGUUUAAUUAAAAAUGGUGCUUCUUCCUGAUCCUGACAAGCUCAAAAAGUUUAAGCAAGAAGCUGAGAAUGCUGAUCCAAAGAAAACAAUCUUCUUUGAGCACACAGAACUUGACAAAAUAGCUAGAUAUUUUAUUGGAAAUAAUCAAAGGUUUCGAGAGAACAUAGUGAUUCCACGAACUCAAGGACCAGUUAAUAUAAGAACAAAUGAAGAGAAAACACUUGACAAAAUUAUGGAAUCUUGCGCCUUUAAAUCAAUCAUGUCUUUAGUCAUUGGAUAUGGUUUAGGAGCUGCAAUCGGUCUCUUUAGUGCUUCUGUAAAUCCUUCAAUUGCUGCAGAUCCAUCUGCACCUCAUUUAGAACGAACACAAACAGUUCGAGAGAUUUUAAAUGACAUGAGAAAGACGACACAUUCGUAUGGUAAAAAUUUUGCAGCUAUUGGCUUCGUUUUUGCAGGUGUCGAGUGUCUGAUUGAAAGUGAACGAGGAGUAACUGAUUGGAAAAAUGGAACAUAUGCUGGUGGUGUGACUGGUGGAUUAAUUGGCUUGAGAGCUGGUGUCAAAGCUGGAAUUUUCGGUGCUGCUGGAUUUGCUGCAUUUUCGACAGUCAUUGACUAUUACAUGAGACAUCGUCAUUAAGGAUAUUCAUUAAUAAUUUAAUAGUAAGUAGCUGAUAUAAAAUAAAGUAAUGCUGAAAACUGGA